CAAAAAAGUGGCAGGAGAACUGAUUGAUAAGAUAUCACAUAAGACACAAUUUCCAACAUUUUGUUUAUAUUUCUUCCGGGAUAGACAUAACCUCAAUUGAUUAAUUUCAAAGCGGCUGAACGCUGGUUUGUAUUUUAGGGUUGUCAUAUUAAUAAAAUGACUUUUCCAACAAUUUUAUUCCCAGAAAAAGCAGUGCUUCAGAAAAAUUAAAAAAAGAAUUAUUUGUUAGCAUUUUUUAUUGUAGUGCUAGUUUCCGUGAGUACAUUAGGCCUCAGUCUAAUGUCUAAUCAUUAAUACGUAAUUUAGUGUUUCAGCAGCAAUAUUUUCCUAGAAAAUUUUAGAUUCAAAGGGAUGUACCGUCACUUUCGAAGGCAAAAAUAUAGCACCAUGCCUUGGAAUAAAUUGACAUCAUAUUUUCAUUUUUCUUGUAAGGAAAAUCUAAGAACUUUUGAAUGCUAAAUAAGGUAGAUAUGGGAACUUCAUAAAGUAGAGAAUUUUUCGGUAUAGCGAAAAAUUAGCUUCAAGAUGUGUGCUUCAAAAAACUUGCCUUCACAUUGGUAUGAAUUUUUGAUAAAAAGAUGGGUUUUUGAAGUAAAUUUGUGUGUGUAGGCAAUUUCUUUCCAGAAUCAAUUCUAUUAAAGAUAAUUUUCAUUAAAAAAAAUUGAAAGAAAUUACUCGCUACACGUUGGAACAAAAUUCAACAGUAAUUUUUGAAGGAAAACAUCACGAUUCGAGAUUAUUUUUCAUGAAAAUUUGUUGUUUCACUGCUGGAAAAAUGAGAAAUGCGUUUGUGGACGUUCCUUGGGAUAAUAUUUUGUAAAUUUUUGUGUAAAAUACCCCUAAAAUGUAAAAGAAGAGUGUUUUUCUGGAGAUUUCAUUCCUGGUGGAAUCCACUGCAACUUUGAAGAAAGGAACAUUUCCUCUCACUUUUUUUCUUCUGUUGAAAAUGUUUUUGAGAUUAACGCGAAAAAACGAUUUUUAUCCACAGCAAACUGCGAAUAUCACGAUUACGCAAUAUUCAUAAAAAUAAGGACAAAGUUUUGAAGUUAUAUUCAUUCCAGAAAGUCAAUAGAGAUGCAAAAAAAUCCGUCAAUGAAACAUGUAAUAUAGAUAAUUUCUAAAAAAAAAAAUAUUCUCCUAACUUCUAGAUUAAAAUUUUCGGACCUAAAUGCUCAUUCGAAUCUCCUAAAUCUAGGGAAAAUCUCUUAGAGUUGGCAACACUGCCUGACGCCCCUGACGACACAAGAGCUUUCGGGAGCUUUCGGUGAUUUUCGGGAAAGUUUUAGUACACAAAUGAAUCGUUCGGGUUUCCCGCCAAUAUUUGGUCACUAGGAAACCUGUUAUUGUCCAAACAAAAGUUCUUCAGGAUAAGAGUGAAUUUGUGCAAGAAAUGGAUUUUGAUUUAGAUGAUCCAUUGGAUGAUAUCCUCAAAAGUGAUGAGAGUGAUAGUUUUUUCGAUUCGGGAGUCAAGAAAGAUGCAGCAGGUGCCAAAACUCCAGUACUUGCCAAAAAGGAUCCUCCAGGAAAGGCUAAAAUGUCCGAUCUCUUUGGCAUUGGAAAGCCUGAAGCAGCUCAAAUAACUCCAAAUUUGCCAAUUAAGAAACCAGAUCCACCAGCUCCUGUUGAGCCGCCCAAAGUCAAGGCAGAAGUCAGAAAGGAGACUCCUAAGAAAACUCCUGAACUCAAAAGCAAGGUUUCUUUUGACGAUGAUACAGAUUUGGAUUUGGGAUUUGAUCCGAAACAGCCAAAGGUCAAAACAAAUAUCUUCGAUGAUCUCCUGGGAACGCAGCCAACUAAAACCCAAGGAUUCCCGCAGAAAUCGGAUCCUAGACCCAAGACAACUCCAGCUCCUGUGUCUCGUCAGUCAACUAUUGAUCGAGAUGAUGGGGCUGUAGGGCCACCAGUGCCGACAGGACGUCCUAGGACGGGAGGAAGGGCUACAGGAGCUAUUCCUGAUCCACUUGGACUAUUCUCUGAUACUCGUGAAAAUCGGGAGAAGGAACCGGUGAAGCAAGAGCCUCAAGGUAAAAGUGCUCCUGUUGAUUGGCUAGGAUUGGGAAGUGAUGCUCCUAAAGACAAUCAGCCUAAGAAGGCGCUUCAGGAAGAGAGUAUCCCACAAAAUCCAGAAAUUCAAGAUUCUGGGAAACAAAUCCUGGAAACUAUGCAUCAUCAGGAGGCACAAUUGGUGUUGGCGUCGCAGAUGAAGAGCCAGGAACGUGCUUUGGUGGAGAUUCAGGCUCGUCAGGCGGAUCUCUUGCGACGACAGGAAGUGCAGUUCUCUGAGCUGAUGCAGAAGCAAAUGCAGAGGCAAACUAUCCUCGAAGAGAAUAUCAGGAGGCAGCAAGAGAAAAUUAAUUCUCACAUUGAAGUACUUAUGAAUCAACCUGUAGUUGCAGGAUUCCCUAAAGAAAGUGAUGAGCCCAGGAAUCAAACGGAUACAUUGGAAGUGGUAGAGCUGAAGGCAGAUGUAAAGAGGCUGGAGCUAGAGAAGUUGCGUCUGGAGGACUUGCUGUCGAAUGUGAAGAGUAAUCACGAGGAGGAAUUGAUUUUGAUGGAAAGAAGCCACAAGAAGCAGAUUAGUGUUCUCGAGGAGACCCUCCAGAGUCUGGAGAAUCGCUUGAAAUCCGAAAAUACCAGCCUGGAAGAAUUUUACACCAGGAAAAUUGCAAAAUUGGAAGAAGAAAAGAAGAGUUUUGUCAGGGAGGCAGAAGAUCAUUUAGAGGAGCUAAAGACUACCCAUCGAGACACUGUUGCCAGCUUGAGAAGUGACUAUGAGAAUGAUCUCCAGAAUCUCAAGGAGGAUCAUAGGAAAAUUGUUGAGAAUAUUCGUGAGUCAAAAUUGAUGGAAUUCUCAGUUAUUCAGGAGAAUUCUUCCUACCUUCAGCAACUUAAAACAGCCUCAACAUUCCUGGAAUCUGCUUCGGGGAAUAUUGAGAAUCUCAAAGAGACGAUUGAUGAGAGAAUUAGUGGAAUAGCUGCUGACAAGGCACGUGAAAUUGAGGCACGAGAGAGACAAUUAGAGGAGCAGCUCAAAAGAGUGGAAAGAAGUCGAGAUCUAGCAGAAGCUGAACGUCUUAAGCUUCUGGAUCUGGUACAGACUCUCGAUGUCAAGCUCAAUAAAUUGUCUAAAGAGGCUUCGGAGGAACAGUGGAUGCUCAAAGAGAAGCUGGCUACUCUGGAAGUUGAGAGGGCUUCUUUUGAACGUGAGCGAGAUCUUGUCCGGGAAGAGCAGAAGCGUCAUGAGAAACGCAUUGAAGACAUGAGGCAGAUGGCUCAGGAAGAGCACAAGAGACUCUUGACAAAGGUUGAGGAUGAGCGAAGGAAAAUUGUUGAGGAACGCCUGAAGCUGGAGAUGAUGGAGAAAAUUAAUCCAGGAAGAACAUCCAGGGCUGAAGUUGAAAUUGCACUGAAAGUGGCUGAAGAUGCAGCCAGAGAAGUUGAUAGAGAACGUGAAAAUCUUCUGAAACUCCAGCGAGAGUGUGAAAGUAUGAGAAGGCAGCUCAGUGAUCGAGAGAAUGCACUGAAGAGGCGAGAAGUGGACUUGGAAGCUGCCUUGAGGACAGCUCAAGCUAGAGAAACAGCCGCUGAGAGUGCUCUUGAAGGGGCCAAAGCUACAGAAGCUCAAUUGUUUCAGAAGUAUCAGCAAUUGCAGCAGAAUUCCAAGGAUCUCUGCCAGAGGGAGGAAAAAUUGUCCCAAUCAUGGGAGAAAUUGAGCAAGGAAAGGCUAGAAUUGCAGGCAAUGAGGAGAAAUCUCACAGAAUCCAAAUGUAGUCUCUGUCGAUUUGGUCAGACUAAUCAGAAAAUUACAGAUCUGCUCAAUAGGACAUCUAGUGGAGGAGAUCAGUCCCUUACGGAAGAAAUUGAAAAACUUCCUAGUAUCACUGAUGAUGAUCUCUUGAGUGCCUCGAAGAUACAGAAGAAUCUGUCUAGGAAAAAGAUCUAAAGAGCAGACUUCUUUAUUUCCAGUUAAAACAGUCGUAUAAAAUGUUACAUUAAAAAAAUCAGUUGACGUGUUGAUCAGGUACUCGUCAAAAUACAGUUCCCGGGAGCUAAGACCCA